GAGACAGCAGGAGAAGGAAGAGAUUGAGAGAUGGCCGGUGGAUUCGCCGGCGGCGACGCCGGCGCCGGGAGGGCGGCGCAGUACGAGGGCAGGAUCACCAGCUACUUCGUCCUCGCCUGCAUCGUCGGCUCCUUCGGUGGAUCCCUCUUCGGAUACGACCUCGGGGUCUCAAGUGGCGUGACAUCCAUGGACGACUUCCUGAUCAAGUUCUUCCCGGACGUGUACAACCGGAAGCACGCGCACCUGCACGAGACGGACUACUGCAAGUACGACAACCAGGUGCUGACGCUCUUCACGUCGUCGCUCUACUUCGCCGGCCUGGUCUCCACCUUCGGCGCCUCCUUCGUGACCAAGCGGCACGGCCGGCGGGCCAGCAUCAUGGUGGGCGCCGUCAGCUUCUUCCUGGGCGGCGCCAUGAACGCGGCCGCCAUGAACAUUGCCAUGCUCAUCGUCGGCCGCGUCCUCCUCGGCGCCGGCAUCGGGUUCGGCAACCAGGCCGUGCCGCUGUACCUGUCGGAGAUCGCGCCCUACAAGAUCCGCGGCGCCGUGAACCAGCUCUUCCAGCUGACCACCUGCCUCGGCAUCCUGGUGGCCGACGUGGUCAACUACUUCACCGACCGGAUUCACCCGUGGGGGUGGCGCCUCUCGCUGGGCCUGGCCAUGGUGCCCGCCACGGCCAUCUUCGUGGGCGCGAUCUUCCUGCCCGAGACGCCCAACAGCCUCGUGGAGCGCGGGCAGCUCGACGAGGCGCGCCGCGUGCUGGAGAAGGUGCGUGGCACGCACAAGGUGGACGCCGAGUUCGAGGACCUCAAGGAGGCGAGCGAGGCGGCGCGGGCCGUGCGCGGCACGUUCCGGAACCUGCUGGCGGUGCGGAACCGGCCGCAGCUCAUCAUCGGCGCGCUGGGCAUCCCGGCGUUCCAGCAGCUGUCGGGCAUGAACUCCAUCCUCUUCUACUCGCCGGUCAUCUUCCAGAGCCUGGGCUUCGGGUCCUCGGCGUCGCUCUACUCGUCCAUCAUCACGGGGUCCAUGCUGGUCGUGGGCGCGCUGAUCUCCAUGGUGGUGGUGGACCGGUUCGGGCGUCGGUUCUUGUUCAUCGAGGCCGGGAUCCAGAUGAUCCUGUCCAUGGUGGUGGUGGCGACGAUCCUGGCGCUCAAGUUCGGGCACGGGGAGGAGCUGUCCAAGGGCGUGGGCACGGUGCUGGUGGUGGCCAUCUGCAUGUUCGUGGUGGCGUACGGCUGGUCGUGGGGGCCGCUGGGGUGGCUGGUGCCCAGCGAGCUCUUCCCGCUGGAGAUGCGGUCGGCGGGGCAGAGCGUGGUGGUGUGCGUCAACCUCUUCUGGACGGCCGCCGUGGCGCAGUGCUUCCUGGCGGCCAUGUGCCACCUCCGGUGGGGGGUCUUCGUCCUCUUCGCGUCGCUCAUCGUCGUCAUGUCCAUCUUCAUCAUCCUCCUCCUGCCGGAGACCAAGCAGGUGCCCAUCGAGGAGAUAUGGCUGCUCUUCGACAAGCACUGGUACUGGAAGCGGAUAGUCACCAAGGACCCCAAGUACCAGGGGCACCACCAGAGGCAGGAAAUGGCAGCCGCCGCCGCCGGUGCUGUCAAGCCCGUCGUCUCGUCGGAAUCAGAAGCUUGAUUCGACUUCAUCACUCAAGUUUUAAUAAGAUAUUAUUAGUGGAUGCAUGGGUCUUGUCUGAUCAUGUCCUUGUGGUACGGGGGAGAACUUAAUUUCUACGACGAGUACUUGCAAUGGCAGGAAGGAAGUGUUGGGGUGAUUAGUGUUGCUAGCUACUUGUGUGACUUGGUGUUCUUGCGAGUUUAAUUAGGAUUUGUUGGAUCAAUCCAUCAGAAGGUGUAAUUGGUAGCAUAGAUCAUUGAGUCUUUGAUGCAGAAGCAUAUGCAAGUUUGUGUGUGAUAGUAUGUGGACUGCUGUUAAUCUGUUAUGAUGCACGCCUGCAUUGCUGUU